AUGCGUCUCGACGUCGCGGCCACAGCCGUGCGCGCGGCCGUGCGCUGCUCCGCCCGGCAGUUGCACGUGGCGCACGCGUCGGCCGCGCUGGAUGUCGCCACCAGUGAGCGCGCGCGUCAGUACCGUCCGUUUCUGCCACUGGCUACAGCCGCUGUCGCUGUCGCUGCAGGCGUCGCGAUCGCCGGAGGAGAAGACGGGGACGACGCACUGUCGGUCGCCAAGUGCGAAGGCCCGGUGAAGCCCGUGAGUCGAGAAGCCGUGACGCAGGCAAUGCUCAAGGAGGUCGUGGCCAAGCUCAACCGCAUCGAGAGCGCCGUGGCGAACCCCCACCGCCACACGGACAGCCUCAAUGCAGGCGUCGACGUGGUCUUGGGGGCUCAAUGGGGCGACGAGGGCAAGGGCAAGCUCGUCGACAGUCUGUCGCAAUCGUACGACGUGAUCGUGCGCGUCGCCGGCGGCUCGAACGCGGGCCACACGAUCGUCCACGAAGGCAGGAAGUACAAGUUCCACCUCGUGCCGUCGGGCAUCUUGAACCCAGAGGCGGUGUGCAUCAUUGGCAAUGGCGUUGUCGUGCACUUGCCGAGCUUCCUGCAAGAGCUUGAGGGGCUGGAGAAAAUGGGCGUGAGCUACCAAGGCCGCAUCCUCAUUUCGGACCGAGCGCACAUGGUGCUCGAUCUGCACCAGGAAGUGGACGGCAUCAACGAGCUCCGUCGAGGCCGGAACAAGAUCGGUACGACCAAGAAGGGCAUCGGUCCGGCGUACUCGUCCAAGAUGCUGCGCAACGGCGUUCGCGUGGGGGACUUGCGCUACUUUGACGAUUUCUCGGAGAAGCUGCGUGACCAGGUCAAGUUUUACAAGGACAAUUACCCCGAGCUCGUGGCGGACGCAGAUGCUGAGAUCAAGGUGUACAGCGACAUGAAAGACAAGAUCUUGAGCAUGACGGUCGACACGGUAGCGUACCUGAACGACGCGUAUGUGUCGGGCAAGAAGAUACUGGUCGAAGGUGCGAAUGCCACCAUGCUGGACAUUGACUUUGGCACGUACCCGUACGUGACGUCAAGCAACCCGAGUAUCGGUAGUGUGUGCACUGGCGGUGGUAUCUCUCCGAACCGCUUGAACGGCAUCAUUGGCAUUGUCAAGGCGUACUGUACGCGUGUUGGGGAAGGACCGUUUCCGACCGAACUGCACGAUGAGGUGGGCAACCACCUGGGUACGGUCGGCGCCGAGUUUGGUACGACAACGGGUCGCGCGCGUCGGUGUGGCUGGCUGGAUAUUCCUCAGAUGCGGUACUCGAAUAUGGUGAAUGGCUUCACGGAGCUGAACCUGACCAAGCUCGACGUGCUGACUGGUCUGAAGAAGGUGAAGAUUGGUGUUGCAUACUGGCACAAGGGCAAGAAGUUGGAUGGCAUGCCGUCGAAUUUGCAGCUGCUGGAAAACUCAGUCGUGGAGUACGAGGAACUGGAUGGCUGGGCGGAGGAUAUCUCGAAGUGCAAGACGUUUGCAGAGUUGCCGGAAGCUGCGAAGAAGUACGUGUUGCGCGUGGAGGAGCUCUUGGGCACGCACAUCAAGUGGAUUGGCGUGGGUCCGGAUCGCUUUGACGUGAUCACGCGUCCCCACCCACUCGAGAAGACUUACACUGCCAGCAACUAG